AGAUGGUGGAGGAUUUGGGAGAAGAGCGUCGUUACCAAGUUGCGAAUCAACGUAAGACCACUUCGACCGAGCAUGCUUGCUCGCAAGUCUAAAUGUAUUUGAUGCAGGCGUUGACACCCAUAACGAUUAUAGUUGCCGGAGAGGAGAAGGCGAUACGAAUCCCAGAAGAUCAACUUGACGGUCAGUCACACCGAAGAAAUAAGACGCCGACCGCUCAAGUCGUUGCUGCGCCAUUCUCGCACCACCGUGGCAAUGACAACAUUUAUCAAGGCCUGCAGAGAGUUGGACACCCUCAAAGGCCUGCUGGGGAACGUGCAGGAUCACCUUCGAGACAUGGUAAGGUCAAGUGGGUUCGCGACCAACUCGUAAAUUCAUCCCAGAGUACAUUGCCACAGAGCCCACAAGGUGUGACUAUGAGCAAUGCCGCUCCUACUCCGCGUCCAAAAGACCGGUCUAUCCAACGGCCUGCCGCAAACAUGACCGCCUUCGAGUCUGAUUCCAAUCGCGGCCGUUUGGUAGAUCAACAGCGGUCUCCAAUGUCAGUGCCAACUUCACAGGUCAUACAGCGGCAAGGCUCAUCGAUUUGUUCACGAAGCGGAUCAACAUUUGACUCGAUCCGAGCUAGCCUUGGUCUAUCCUCGAGUACCGGGCCCGAUUUACCUAUAGAUAACCACGGCCUGCGUGCCAGGGAGAUCCUUCAGAAAGCUCGAGAUCUCUCGCCGGAACAACAGGCUGACCUCAGAGAGAAAAAUGACAAGCAGUCGACAUCCCUGCGAAUGGCUUCAAAGGCACUAAAAUCUGCAAAGUCGCCGACGCCCUUUACUGUUCUCUACUAUCGAACGGCGUCUGAUCUUGAGAAGAAGCUGUUCGCCGCUGCGAAGGAGAUGCUCGCCGAGAAUGUCGAGCCAAUCGCAACGCACACCACGACAGCUUUGAAGGAUACUCAAAACAUUUCUAAUCAGCGAAGAGACAGUGCUUACGAUGAAGAGAAGUUGAAUGCAAGCAAUUAUCACGCGGCAAGUUUGAAGGAUGCUCCGAACAGUCCCGAUCAAAACGGUGCUCACGACGAACACAGUUCGACUGCGGGCAAUGAUUACAUAACAUCCUCGACUAUUACUCGAUCUGGACCAGCCUCUGGUACGGAGUCUGUGGAGAUGACACCGCAAGGAUCGACAGGGAUUUUCAAGCAAACAACACAAGGCUCGCUUACUGCAAUCAUCUCCUCGGUCGGCGCGGUCUGUAAGGCUUGGCACUGGCAAAUAUCUCUGCCUGUAAACAUCGAUGUCAAGAUGACGGCACUCGAGCCAGGAUACGACACUUAUGAUCUGCUCCAGAAAGUUCAUCAGACAUUGGAGGAGAUGACGGCCAUUACAGAUCGCUCUGAUCUCGCUUCUGAUGGUCUGAUCGAUUCGACUGCCGUCCAUGUCGCUCGUAGAGACGAGUCCUCCCCUAGGAGAAUGCCCGGCAACUUGGGCAGCGGUUCCUGCGGAGAGCAAGCUGCGAAACCACUGGCGAGCGAGUCAGACGGUGAAGUUAUGUCCACUGCACAAGACGUUGCCGAUUGGCUGCGUGAAGGCAUUUUCUGAUCUGAUUUGCAUGAAAGUUAUGAGGACACAUGUGACGCGUCAUGCAAAUGCUCACAUUUGGAAGCGUUCAGGGAGAGGCCUGGAUCAGAGGGCAAAUGCCACUCACUCAGAUGAGUAGAGAGAUCAAGGCUGACAUGUCUGUG